AUGGGACUAGUUUUAGAAAGAUUAAAAGAUCCGUUACAGGGCAGUAAUCAAGUUUCAAAAUUUCCCGAUUUAUUUGAGUUACCACCAGAAUUAAGUUUAAAUAUAUUGAAACAUCUCAACGCGACUGAUUUAUGUCUGGCUGCGUGUGUAUGGCAAACACUAGCUAAUGAUGAAAUAUUAUGGCUGGGAUCAAAUUGGGCCUAUGCAUCGAUUUAUUCUCGAGCACGUCGUGAAAAUAUUUCAUUUCGACGAAUAUAUCUAGCAUUAGAUGAAGGUACCUUAACAUUCAACGCAAAUUAUGCACAGGGCCUAAAUUAUUUUAUUGAACACAACCUAAUCGAUGAUGACGCUAUGGAAAUAGGCAAAUUUAUUCAUAAUACAAGAAAAUUGAAAAUAACUGAAAAACGAAAAUUAUUACAAAAUCGACGAGAUGUCUUGGAAAGAUUGAUUGAAUUACAAUCGUAUGAAAAUCAAUUUCUUCCAAAUGCAUUAAGAAAUUUUUUUGCAAAACUAGAUGCUCCUGAAGAAAGAAAUGAAUAUUUAAGUGUAUUAAUUGAAACUUUUUCCAAAAGAUUUUGUGAAUGUAACAAAGAAAUCGGUUUAACAGCAGAUAAAAAAACAUGUCGCUGUCUUCCGAAUGAUGGUUGUUGGCCAAAUCCUACAUUGUGGGAGUUAUUUAAUGUAUCUAUAGAUGGCCGGUUACUUCGACCAUUACCAUCAGCUAGCCCAUGUUAUAAUAAUUCAUCGUUAAGUCAAGAAUGUAAUUCAACAAGAGCUCAGUGGAGAAAUGCUCAAUGGCGGAGUAAUCAAGUAGGUGCCAUGCAAAAUCCAAACUGGGAAACAAAUGGAAAUCUAUCAUGUACGAUUACUUAUCAACAACAGUGUCAUCAAGGAUCGGUACCCGUAUACGGUGUGAAUGCAACCUCUAUACUUCAUGUUCAAGAAUCGGUCAAAUUUGCUCGUAAAUAUAAUUUACGUUUAGUAGUCAAAACUACAGGACAUGAUUAUAUUGGACGAUCAACAGCCGCAGGUUCAUUUCUCUUAUGGCUUCAUUAUAUGAAAAACAUUUCACUCAACUUUAAUUUCACACUGACUAACUGUUCAAACGUUUCUUCUGUGGCAAUGACUGCUGGUGCAGGUAUUCAAUGGAGUGAAGCGUAUGCGUUUCUCAACUCAUAUAAUUUAGUAAUGAUUGGUGGAGCAGCAGGGUCGGUGGGCGCAGCAGGUGGUUUUGUUCAAGGUGGUGGACAUGGACCACUGGCACGUCUCCACGGUCUAUCUGCCGAUAAUGUUUUACAAUUUGAAGUUGUCACGGCGGAUGGACAAGUACGUAUUGCAAAUCAAUGUGAAAAUAAAGAUUUAUUUUGGGCAUUGAGAGGUGGAGGGGGAGGAACGUUUGGCAUUUUGAUAUCUGCAACGUAUCGAACAUUCGCAUCGCCAACAAUUACUUUUGGUUUUUAUAGUGUUAACAGUGAGAAUGAGACUAUGUACAAUAAUUUCAUAACAGAUUUUAUUCGAUAUCACACCACAUUAGACGCUUUAGGAUGGGCCGGAUACUUUUAUAUGACCGACACAAAUAUUGAAAUAGCGUACUUUCUACCAAAUGGAAAUGUUUCUAGUGCAAAUACAACAUUUACACAAUUAUUAAGCAAACAUACGGAAAUGAAUAUUACCGAAAAUAUUGUUCCGUUUACAUCAUUUUAUGAAUUUUUUCAUUAUAUUAUAGAACCAGCAAAUCCAACUGGUUCAAAUGUUUUACUAGGCUCUCGUUUAAUUCCUGAACUAUUAAUACACAACAAUCCCGAUCAAGUAGCUCAAACAUUAAUAAAUAUCAAAGGUAGAAUGGCUAUGAAAAGUGUACUCAUUGGUCAUCUUGUUGCUGGUGGACAAGUAGCUAAUGGGAAUAUUAAUGAUCAGAAUACAUCAGUUAAUCCAGCAUGGCGUAAUGCAUUAUUUCAUAUUGUAUAUGCCCGAAUUUGGGAUGAUAUAUCAAGUAUGGAUGAACAAAAACGUGUCGCUAAUGAUGUAACAGGUCGAGUGGAAGCAAUGCGUCAACUUACACCAAAUUCUGGAUGUUAUUUAAAUGAAGCCGAUCCCAAUGAACCAAAUUGGCAAGAUGCCUAUUUUGGGUCGAAUUAUGCCCGUUUAAAAAUGAUCAAGGAUGAAAUUGAUCCAUCAGGUUUAUUCACAUGUAAAAAUUGUGUGGGAAGUGAAGAAUGGUUAACACCUGAUUUAAAUUGUCCCAUUUCUAAUUCGGCGAAUAAUAGAGAUUUAAAACUGAUGUCCUUUGCUUUUGUUCUUUAUUCGAUAACAUUUCUUUAUCAACAUUAA